AUGCUUCCACAAAUACUCCUGCUUGGAGCUACUGGCCGUACUGGUCGUCUGGUCCUGGAUGAAGGGUUGAAAAGAGGGUACCUUGUCACAGCCUUGAUUCGCAAAACAAACACAGACAUACCUCAACACUCGAACCUUACAGUUGUGAUAGGCGACCCGUGCAAAGCGUCAGAUGUUGAAGUUGCGCUCGACAGUACGAAAGCAUCAAUCCCCAUCAUCAUCAUCAGUACGUUGGGACAAACACGAACAUCAGGAAAUCCUUGGGCCGCAACGACUUCGCCUCCUCGCUUUAUGGCAACUUCAGUUGAAGCAGUGCUAUCAGCAUCGCAAAGCUUCGCCGAACCAGCGCGAAUUCAUAAAUUGGUGAUUCUAUCGAGUUUCGGGACUGGAGACUCGUUCGCCAGCCUGAACUUCAUGAUGCAAUGGAUCAUGAAAAGUUCUAACAUGGCUCAGACUCUGGAGGAUCACAACUUGGUGGACGAGGCCGUAAAGGCGGGACCGCUCCCGUUUGUCCUAGUACGGUCCGCAAUGCUCAAGAGUGGGGAUGCUGCUCCUUUGAAAUUUUAUGGAAACACAGGGAAAGGCUCGGGGAUCAUGCCUGGUACAAACAUGAAAAGUAUAGCCAACUUCCUGUUGGAUCUGACGGUGGACGACCAGUAUGAUGGUACAACUCCAAUGGUCACGAAUUGA